UCAGUUAAUUAAAUAUUAAUAAAAAUACGUACAAAUGUAUACACAAGCUUCAUGAAAUGUUCUUUCAGAAAGAAACUAGUUUUCCACAUGGCUCUUCAAUAGUGGCAAGGUGUAUACAUUUCGGUUUUUAUAAGCUGAAAGGAGAUAACACAAUGCACUGUGAGAAUGGGGAGUGGGUGCCAAAGUUUCCAGAAUGCGUUCCGACCAGUGUCAUCACUAAUUUUACAGGCGACGCUCCACCCACUAUACAGUACGCAAUUAUAAGUGGUUCAGCAGUUGUAGAACCCACAGGAGAAUUGUUCGUUUUCCCUGACAGUACUCUACGUCUAGACUGUGUUACUCCAAGAGCUUUAGGCAACCCGGAAUGGAGUUGGACGCAAGCCCUUGGAAAUUACGAAACCGGCUGGUCAUCGGACGAAGGCGAGAAGUAUACCCAUUACAGACUGACGCUGUCAAAGAUGUCCGCGCGUCAUAGUGACACGUACACUUGUGCCACUCCAACGGGACACACCAAUACAGUGAUCGUUAAAGUUGUUAAUGUAGUUUGUCCAACAAUAAACGUGUCUUCGCCUCGGCUACGUCAGUUUACACAAGGAACUAGACUUGGUCAUUCGGCCCACUUUAGUUGUCAAUCUGGUUUUCAUCUUAAUGGCUCUGCAAUUUUGACUUGUAUGGGAAACGGUCAUUGGUCAACCAGCCUUCCGACAUGCCUGGAAACUUUCUGUCCCAUGUUGAAGUCUUUAGGUCCUCACUUAAGUUUCGUUGAAUAUAAUUCGUCAUUUGGGGGUCGUGCCGUAUUUCAGUGUGCCUGGGGCUACAGGCUUGUGGGUUCACCAGGUUUGGAAUGUGAACAUGACGGUCAGUGGUCUGGAGAGGUGCCAAUUUGUUCACCAAUCUAUUGCCCUGAUCCAUUAGUCCCAGAAAAGGGACGUCUGCUAAUAGAGCCAUCUUCAAAGCACGGCAAAUAUACUGUUGGGGACCUUAUGAUAUAUGAUUGCGAAGACGGUUACGACAUUGUCGGAGAGUCUUCUAUAGUCUGUACUGAAAACGGAUAUUGGUCACAUCCCCCACCUUUCUGCCUACUCCCUUCGGUGAUCAAAAAGGCUGAUACUAUAUUUAUUGAGAAUAUAACAUUAGUUCAUGUCGAAGAAUAAUUACUGCAACACACAGCGACCAAAUAGGAAAUA